AUGGAACCAGCCGUCGUCUAUCUCGGUGGAAUCAUCGUCUCUAUCGGUCCCCUCGACGAAGAAGAUGCAAAGGAGAGAGAUUACGAGAACUCCGAAGACGAUGAUGAGAAUCACGGAGUUGAAAGAAACGGAUCUUCUUCGUCUGUGUUCGAUUUCUCUGCAUCUCACUCCGGCUCUAAACACUCGGGCCUUCCUUCAGCUAACGACGUUUUCUCUCAGAUAUCAGGGCCACCUGAGUUUCUAAACAACCAUAUAGAAGCUGAUGAAGAAGCUACAGCUAGAGAUGUUGAGCACGCUAAGUGUCUUACCUGCAAAAAGAAGAAAGCUAAACUUAAAGGUACCCCACCAGUUGUUGUUGUGGAAGCAAAACCUCAACUAGUAGGGAUCCAUGAGAGAGUAAGAAACGAUAUCGAUGCACCACCACCAUCUUCAGGGAAUGGUGAGAAGCGGAUAUCUACUGCAACCAAUCCUAAUGCAGAAGAAGAAGCUGAAGAUCUCUUAAGGAUGUGUCUGCAAUGUGGAGUGCCGAAAACAUAUACAAGCGCGAGAGGGAUGGUAUGCCCGGUUUGUGGUGACCAGCCGUUACCGAACUCGGAUGCCAAGAAGAGAGGCUUUGCGAUCAAAGAUAAAGAGAAGAGCAAAAGAAUGAGAGGACAAUCCUCUCACGCUUCUUGGAAAAGUGAAACCGAGAUGCAACUAAGGCAACAUUUCGAUUACUACAUUGUUUCUCCAUCCAAAUCCAGUUUAUGUAACGUUCACAAAGUAUGGGAGGUAGUAGAGAAUGAGUCGAACGAAACUGACAAGGACAACAUGGCAACCGCUCUUCUGUUGCAGUCAAUUCCGGAAACUCUCAUUCUUCAAGUUGGUGACCUAGAUACAGCGAAAAAGGUUUGGGACGUAAUCAAGGCACGUCAUGUAGGAGCUGACAGAGUUAGAAAGGCUCGAUAA